AUGACGACAGUAACAACAUAUAACCACGAUGAAAAUGAAGAAGACAGAUUGAGUGGUUUACCUGAAGGCAUUUUACUUCACAUAUUAUCGUUUUUGACCGCUAAAAAGGCCGUCCAAACUUGCAUACUGUCCAAAAGAUGGAACAAUCUCUGGAAGCAUGUUCCCACCCUUGAAAUAUAUUAUUCCCACUUUACAAUUUUCAGAAGUUUCACCCAAUUUAUCUAUCAGAUUUUAUCUCUUCGUGAUCCCUCAAGCGCACUACACACUCUCAAUAUUAAACAUAUUAACCUCUAUCAUUUAUUGGACGCUAAACUACUCAAAACUGUUUUAAAUUAUGCAGUUUCAUACAAUGUUGAGCGAUUACAAAUGCGUUUCAAAAGUGAUAUUAAAUAUUUUCCGCCUUGUUUAUUUUCAUCUCACACAUUAAAGUAUCUUGAACUUUAUGUUAGUCAUAGCUCACAUAUAAUAUUUCCUAAUUCUCUGAAUUUGCCAGAAUUAACCACUCUGUCUCUACGACACUUUUACUUUGGUUGCGACGGCGGUCGUGUUGAGCCUUUUUCAACAUUUAAUAAGUUGAAGAAUUUGAAGAUUUUUCUUUGUUCAGUUGUUGGUGGUGAAAACCUCUUCAUAUCAAGUGCCACGCUUGCCAACUUAAUACAAAUUGGCUAUCCUUAUCUUGGGAUCAAAUUCGAGUUAUACACUCCAAGUCUUUGUUACUUUGAGUUUGAAGGUACUCCUUUUCAGAAACUAUGUGGGAGAAACAACAAUCUCUCUUCUGUCAAACAUGCAAAUAUUAAUCUAAAAUCGCGUUUAAUUCAUGAGAAUACUCCUUUGGCUUUACUCAACUGGAUGAUUGAGCUUGCUAAUAUUGAAUCGUUGACAGUUUCUCGAGCUGCUCUUAAGGUACUUUAG